GUUCAGAUCAGAGCGCAAACUGGUUUCACUUCUGAGAAAGUGAAACUCAGACAGUCGUUGACACUGAGAGGUGAAAUGGCGCAGAAAGGAGUUCAGCUGGACCGAGAAACCUUCUCCUGCUCAAUCUGUCUGGAUCUACUGAAGGAUCCGGUGACUAUUCCCUGUGGACACAGCUACUGCAUGAACUGUAUUAAAGGCUUCUGGGAUGAAGAGGAUGAGAAGAAAAUCCCCAGUUGCCCUCACUGUAGGCAGUCCUUCACUCCGAGGCCUGUCCUGGUGAAAAGCACCAUGUUAGCAGCUUUAGUGGAGAAGCUGAAGAAGACUGGACUCCAGGCUGCUCCUGCUGAUCACUGCUAUGCUGGACCUGAAGAUGUGGCCUGUGAUGUCUGCACUGGGAGGAAACUGAAAGCCCUCAAGUCCUGUCUGGUCUGUCUGGCCUCUUACUGUGAGAAACACCUCCAUCCUCAUUAUGACGCAGCCUCAUUAAAGAAACACAAGCUGGUGGACCCCUCCAAGAAGCUCCAGGAGAACAUCUGCUCUCAUCAUGAUGAAGUGAUGAAGAUGUUCUGCCGUACUGAUCAGCAGUGUAUCUGUUAUCUCUGCUCUGUGGAUGAACAUAAAGGCCACGACACAGUGUCAGCUGCAGCAGAAAGGACUGAGAGGCAGAGAGAGCUGGAGGUGAGACGACAAAACAUCCAGCAGAGAAUCCAGGGCAGACAGAAAGAUAUGAAGGUGCUUCAACAGGAGGUGGAGGCUAUCAUUUGCUCCACUGAUAAAGCAGUGGAGGACAGCCAGAAGAUCUUCACUGAGCUGAUCCGUCUCAUGGAGAAAAGAAGGUCUGAUGUGAAGCGGCAGCUCAGAUCCCAGCAGGAAACUGAAGUGAGGCGAGUCAAAGAGCUCGAGGAGAAGCUGGAGCAGGAGAUCACUGAGCUGAAGAGGAAAGAUGCUGAGCUGAAGCAGCUCUCACACACACAGGAUCACAACCAGUUUCUACACAACUACCCCUCACUGUCACCACUCAGUGGAUCUACAGACUCAUCUGGCAUCAGGAUCCGUCCUCUCAGCUACUUUGAGGAGGUGACAGCUGCUGUGUCAGCAGUCAGAGAUAAACUACAGGACGUUCUGACAGAGGAAUGGACAAACAUCUCACUGAGAGUGGCUGAAGUGGAUGCUUUACUGUCUUCACAACCAGAACCCAAGACCAGAGCUGAAUUCUUCAGAUAUUCACGUCAAAUGACACUGGAUCCAAACACAGCAAACACAAAGCUGUUGUUAUCUGAGGGGAACAGAAAAGCAACAUUCAUGAGUAAACAUCAGUCUUAUUGUUAUCACCCAGACAGAUUCACUUUUUAUUAUCAGGUCCUGAGUAGAGAGAGUCUGACUGGACGUUGUUACUGGGAGGUGAAGUGGAGAGGGACAUUAGUUUGUGUGGCAGUCGCAUACAAGAAUAUCAGCAGAACAGGGGGGUCGGAUGAAUUUGUAUUUGGACGAAAUAACGAAUCUUGGGCGUUACAUUGUUACAACCAUAGUUAUCACUUUUGGCACAACAAUGUGGAAACUCCCGUCUCAGGUCCUCGGUCCUCCAGAGUCGGAGUGUACCUGGAUCGCAGUGCAGGUAUUCUGUCCUUCUACAGCAUCUCUGAAACCAUGACUCUCCUCCACAGAGUCCAGACCACAUUCACUCAGCCUCUUUGUGCUGGAUUUCAGUUUUGGUGUUCUCCUGGAGACUCUGCUGAGUUGUGUAAACUCCAACAGUCAGGAGUCAUUUAAGGGACAGAGGGUUAAAUUGUGUGUUUGAAUUGUGAAACUUGUCUUCAUGUUUGUUGCUGAGAACUGAUUGUUGUGGCAUUUGUUCACUGCACAGAGAUCAGAUGUCAAUCAAACGCUGUGGGUGGGUCUUUGACGACAUGUGUUGUUCUGUAAAUGUUUGAGUGUGUUUAGGUGGAGCUCCUUCCUGUGUCUGUUCAGCCAUAGAGGCUCUCACUGCUCAGGAUGAUCGCUGUUUACCUGAACUGACUCUUCUCUGCAUGAAAACAGAAACUUGUCUGAGCUCUACAUGUUUGUUGAGUGUUUGUGUUGAUUUAUUUGUAUGUUGUUGUUUCUCCUCCACUGCACGAGUGUUUAGAGAGAAAGCAGCAGAACGUCCUUUAUCCUACAUGUUCUUUUCUCAUAAAUCUAUGAUACAUUUACAUUUAUUUGUUAUUAACAUGAUCAUAAUCAGUACGAACACUCGUUGUUUUCUUUCACAUAGCUGAGAUGCUGGUCAAACAAGCUGAUUGUGUGGAUGAAGUGAAUCUGUGCAUGAAAUCACUGAACAAGAGUCAUUGAACAGACUUUAUUGAUUGAAGCUUUACAUAAUGAAUACAGUUUUUUUAAUUAUAAGAAUGAACAGUGUUUUCUUCUUGUCUUCAUUCCUGGAUAUCACACAAAUCUGAUGGAAAACAUGUGAAACUAAUAUGAGAGUAAAACUGAGGCAGAUUUCCUCCUGAAACACCUGAAAGUUCAGUGUUCAACAGUCAGUCAGUCUCACUGUCUGACAUUAUGGCGCUGAUAUUAUUAUUGUGUUGACAACGUGAAUCUUUAUAUGCAGUCAAUGAACAAGAGUCUGACAAUGAUUAAUCUUCUUUUCAUUUGUUCAGAGUAGAAAAAAACUAGAAGAGAAACCUGAGACUAAUAUGAUAGCAAUACACACAUUACAGGACAGACCAUAAUUUGCCCUGUUGCAAUGGCGCAAUCGCUGUAUUUCAGUAAUCCAAACCAACCAUGUUCAAUUUUAUCAACUCCUUGUGCAAUUGGUCAAUAUUUCUAAAUAUUUUCCAUCAGCAAAAUUUUUUUAGCGUCUUUUGAAUAAAAUGUCCGUAUAUAUUGUCAACUUCUUAUUUUGUAUUUUGUAUUUGUUAUUUUCCAUUGCCUUGCUAUUGCUAUUUCCAUUGCUCCUGCAUGUAAAAAACGAAUUUUCCCAGCUGGCGAUUAACAAAGUUCUAUCUUAUCUUGAAUAAAUAAAUAAAUUGCAACAAAAACU